AUGCAACUGAUCAACAAUGAAGACAAUGAGAGAAUGGAUCCUGCUAGAAAGAAACAAUGCAGUAUUAUUUUGAAGAAACUCAUGAAUCACACAAGUGUUCUUCUUCAUAAACACUUGGACUUGCGCAGAAUAGAACGAAAACUCAAUUGCAAUGCCUACCCGACUACGUCUCGGUUUGCUGCAGAUGUUAGGCAGACUCUUGCUAAUGCUAUGCAGAACCAUCCUUCCACCGAUGAAGUUCAUAUCAAAGCCAAAGAACUGAAUAACAUAUUUAAUGUAAGUUGGAAGACAAGGAACAAGUGGUGGAUUGAUAUACCAGAACCUCGUCCAGAAAAGAAACAAAAGGUUGCAAUUGUCAACAAAAAUUUAUUAUUAAAAGCAAAGGAGGAGCAAGCUUUGCAAACUCAUCAAUUCACUGUUGAAACAAAGACUUUCAAGACAUGCAAAGAUGGUGUUGCAGAAGAAAAACAUGAUGCCCAGCCUUUGGAUACUCAUCCAUGCACAGCCAAUUCAGCAACAACUUUUCAGCCUUGCAAAUAUGUUGCCCCAGUUUCUGAAACCAAGGCUAAACCUAGUCCUGAUACUGUUCUCUCACAAAAAAGGAAAAAUAAUUAUUUGAUGGAGGAGCAAAUUUCACCAUCUAAAGCUCUUCAUGUUGCAAAGAUGAAGGCUCGUUUUGCAGAUACUAUUAUCAAAGCACAAAAGGCACUUCAAUUUAAUGACAUGCAAGUUGAUCUAAAGGUGGAGAUGCAGAAACAAGUAAAAUAUUUAGAGAAACAACACCAUGGAGAGAAGACCAGAUUAGAAUAUCAAAGAAAAAUGCAAAUACAAAAAGAAAGAGAGGGAGCUCGAAUUGCACGUGAGAAGAUGGAACAAACUGCCAAGCUCAAUCAAAGUUUGGAGAAGGAAGUUGAACGAUCUGUGAGGCUUCAGGGAAUUGGUAGGAAGUUUUCUCAAAGGAGGAGGGAAACAGAGAGAAACAGAGGAAGGAGUAGAGAGGAAGAUUGA